AUGCUUGCUCAAGAUAAGUUUCACAGGCCUAUGAUCCUGGUGUGCGAUAGUCGUAGUAAGUUUCUGGACGACGACUUUCAAUUUGAAGCUCUGUUGAGACUUUUGCCGUUGCAGACGCAACGUCGAAUUUUGAACAAAAAAGGUCAAGAUUUGAAAAAAACAGCACUUUGUAACCAGCUCUUGCAACUAUGUGGGAUCUCAAUGGUCACAAAUCUUCCUACUCACGCGCUUAAACUAGAACUUUCACCUUAUGGCAAACCAGCGUGUGCAGCGAUGACAGGAUUAGCAUUUAACAUGUCAAACUGCGACGGCAGAACUGCCAUGUAUAUCGAUGCCGCUUCUAGCGUAGGGAUAGACCUUGCUACUACCAAGGAUUGUAACAAUUUUGGUGACGACUAUUUGAACACGUUCAAAGCCAUAUUUUCCCCUGAAGAAUUCAGCAGUCUUAACCAAAUGACCCCAGGUUGGUUGCGAGAUAAAAAAUUCACGCACUAUUGGUCCCUCAAGGAAGCCUACACGAAAUUCACCGGAACCGGACUCAAUUGUGAACUAUCAAGCAUCGAUUUGGGCGCUCUUGAGACCUGGACCUCGGUAGACCAGGUCUACACCAUGUUUCGUGACAUCGAUGGGAAACGUAUGGUAUUUCAAUCGAAAUGGCUGGACAGCAAGGUUGUUAUUACAUUGUGCAAGCUGGCCACCCCACAAGAUGAUUGCCGGAUUCAGUUGUUGAACAACAGCAUCGAACUUACAGGAGCGGAGCUUGCAGUCUACUUUGAUAGUACGAAGUGA